AUGGAAAACCCAUCAAAUGAUAAAUAUGCCCUCCAUCAGGCUUGUCGUGAUGGUAGAACUAUUAUCGUUGAAUCUCUUCUCAAUGCCAACCCCAAACUCGCCUUUUUAAAAGACGACGACGAAAGAUUACCCAUUCAUUGGGCUGUUUCGUAUGGUCAUUUGGAUAUUACGAUAUUACUCUCUAAUGUGAAGAAGUUUGAUCCAGACGUACAGGAUGGAUCCGGAUGGACACUACUCAUGAUCGCCGUCAGUCUCAAAGAAGGUGAUGAUAUUGUUAGUUUGUUGUUGAAGAAAGAAGCGGAAGUGAAUGCCAAGAUCAAACUUUUACUUUCACAGAAACCACCUGCAUCCUGUCGAAUCAAGGAUAAACGUGGUCAGUACGCAAUUCAUCGCGCAGCAGCUAUUGGCUCCACGCCAAUAAUUGAGUUAUUGUUGAAGAAUAAAAGUCCAUUGAAUGCUACGGAUGUUGCAGGGCAAACACCACUUCAUCAUGCAGUUGCUGAAGGUCACGGCGAUGCCGCGGUAGCUCUUCUCAAAGCUGGCGCAGAAACAGACAAGAAAGACUCAGAUGGCUUCCUCGCAUUGGAACUUGCUCCUGACAGUCAGGUUAGUGCUUAA